UGAGCGCUCGGGGCCUUUUCAAAUCGGGAUCCGUUACCGCUUCCCCGGCCGCCGCCAUUGUCGCGCUCGGAGCCCCUCAGCGCAGGCGGCCGAGGCGCAGGCAGCGGCGGCGGGAUGGCGGACGCCGAGAAGCCCGAGGUGCUCCGGGCCGCUGGCGACGACAGCCCGCAUCAGCAGCCCGCCGAGCCGCCGGGCGAGCCGCGGCGAGAACCGCACCCCCCGGAGCCGGAGAAGCAGCCGCCGCCGCACAGCAGCAGCUCCAAUGGCGUUAAAAUAGAGAAUAAUGAAUCAGUGAAAGAAGAGAAAUCUGAAUUAAAAGAAAAGUCUACAGGAAAUAAGAAGGCUAAUAGAUUUCAUCCUUAUUCAAAAGACAAGAAUUCGGGCACUGGAGAAAAGAAGGGUCCAAAUCGUAACAGAGUUUUUAUUAGCAACAUUCCCUAUGACAUGAAAUGGCAAGCUAUUAAAGAUCUAAUGAGAGAAAAAGUUGGUGAGGUUACAUACGUGGAGCUCUUUAAGGAUGCGGAAGGAAAAUCAAGGGGUUGUGGUGUGGUGGAAUUUAAAGAUGAAGAAUUUGUAAAGAAAGCAUUAGAAACUAUGAACAAAUAUGAUCUUAGUGGAAGACCCCUGAACAUUAAAGAGGAUCCUGAUGGAGAAAAUGCUCGUAGGGCAUUGCAACGAACAGGAGGAUCAUUUCCAGGAGGACAUGUACCUGAUAUGGGAUCAGGGUUGAUGAAUUUACCACCUUCCAUUCUCAAUAAUCCAAACAUUCCUCCUGAGGUUAUCAGUAAUUUGCAGGCUGGUAGACUUGGUUCCACAAUUUUUGUUGCUAAUCUUGACUUCAAAGUUGGUUGGAAGAAGCUAAAGGAAGUGUUCAGCAUAGCUGGAACUGUAAAGCGGGCAGAUAUUAAAGAAGACAAAGAUGGCAAGAGCAGAGGAAUGGGCACAGUCACUUUUGAACAAGCAAUUGAAGCAGUUCAAGCAAUUUCUAUGUUCAAUGGGCAGUUUUUGUUUGAUAGACCUAUGCAUGUGAAAAUGGAUGACAAGUCUGUCCCUCAUGAAGACUACCGUUCACAUGAUAGUAAAACACCACAAUUACCCCGUGGUCUUGGAGGCAUUGGAAUGGGACUUGGUCCAGGUGGACAGCCUAUUAGUGCCAGCCAGCUGAACAUAGGAGGGGUAAUGGGAAAUUUAGGUCCCAGUGGUAUGGGAAUGGAUGGUCCAGGUUUUGGAGGAAUGAAUAGAAUUGGAGGAGGAAUUGGGUUUGGUGGUCUGGAAGCAAUGAAUAGCAUGGGAGGAUUUGGAGGAGUUGGCCGAAUGGGAGAGCUGUACCGUGGUGCAAUGACUAGUAGCAUGGAGAGAGAUUUUGGACGUGGUGAUAUUGGACUAAAUCGAGGCUUUGGAGAGUCCUUUGGUAGACUUGGCAGUGCAAUGAUUGGAGGGUUUGCAGGAAGAAUAGGAGCUUCUAACAUGGGUCCAGUAGGAUCUGGAAUAAGUGGUGGAAUGGGUGGCAUGAACAGUGUGACUGGAGGAAUGGGCAUGGGACUGGAUCGGAUGAGUUCCAGCUUUGAUAGAAUGGGACCAGGUAUAGGAGCUAUCCUGGAGAGGAGCAUCGAUAUGGACCGAGGAUUUCUAACAGGCCCAAUGGGAAGUGGAAUGAGAGAGAGAAUAGGCUCCAAAGGCAACCAGAUCUUUGUCAGAAAUCUGCCUUUUGACUUGACUUGGCAGAAACUAAAAGAGAAAUUCAGUCAGUGUGGUCAUGUAAUGUUUGCAGAAAUAAAAAUGGAGAAUGGAAAGUCAAAAGGCUGUGGAACGGUCAGAUUUGACUCCCCAGAAUCAGCUGAAAAAGCCUGCAGAAUAAUGAAUGGCAUAAAAAUCAGUGGCAGAGAAAUAGAUGUUCGAUUGGAUCGUAAUGCAUAAUUU